AUGAAGAAGAAGAAGAAGAAGAAGGGAGUAGAAGACAUUUUAACAGAGAUUUAUUACGAUCCCAAGAGAGGGUAUGGAGGCAUACAGACUUUGUAUCGUCAGGUCAAAAGUCUGGGACAUAAGAUUUCUUUGAACACCAUACGAGAAUGGUUAAAAGAGCAAGAUACCUAUACCUUACAUAAACCCAUUCAUAGAAAAUUCCGGAGACAACAGACCAGAGUGACGGAUAUAGACGAACAAUGGCAAUUAGAUUUAGCGGAUGUGUCCAGUUUAAAGAAACAUAAUGACGGUUAUACGUUUUUAUUGUGUGCCAUUGACGUCUUAUCUAAAUAUGCAUGGGUGGUGCCUUUAAAACAGAAAACGGGGAAAGAAAUGAUUCGCGGAUUACAAGAGAUUUUCCGACAAGACGAUCGACGUCCCGUCCGCAUUCAAUCGGAUCAAGGCAAAGAAUUUACCAAUCGAGAAUUCUUACAGGCGUUUAAAUCCAUUCAUUUCUUUACCACUCGCAAUACGGACACUAAAGCCAUCUGGAAAACUUUAUAUGGGGAAGAAUCAUCACCUAAACCAAACCCCCCCAAGUUUAAAACAGGAGAUAAAGUGCGCAUCAGUAAAGCUAAACGCACUUUUGAAAAAGGAUAUUUACCGAACUGGACCACGGAAAUAUUUACCAUUGCUCAACGAGUCCCCGGUCGGUAUCCUUACGUGUAUCGAGUACAAGAUUAUAACCAGGAGGAAUUAGAAGGGACUUUUUACGAGAAAGAAUUACAACAGAUCAUUAAAAAAGACGACGUGUACGAAGUGGAGGAAAUCUUAGGGUAUAAAAAGCGACGAGUCGGGAAGAAAAUCAUUCAAGAAGUCAAAGUCCGGUGGAAAGGAUAUCCCCCUAGUUUCGAUUCAUGGAUUCCCCAAACGGAUCUCAUCAAAUAA